AUAUACGCAAACCUUGAAUUUAUUUGCGGUAGUGUAAAAAUCACACUUAGUGUAAUCGCAUUUCAUUAUUUUUUAUAGGAUUAAUUUAUAUUUUAUGUUGUGUUGUGUCUCUGCGAGCAUGAGAUAGCAGCUAGCAAUCCGAACUGUUACUUUAACAUUUAGGCGGCUACAUACUUACGGAAACAGAUGGUGAAACUGAAGUUGGGCACAGGCUAAUGAAGCUCUACAAGUAGUAACACGCUUUACCGAAAGAAAACGCCUGUUCUCUUGUUGCCUGCGCGUUAUUGUGAACGUUACUUGGAUAGAAACCCUUGCGCAUGGAACAACAUGUGGCGUGGAUGCGUUUGCUCAAGAUUAAGGAUUUAACACGAGCUGCUCCUGUUUUAAGGAGUGGAACAGCAGUGGAACAGUUAUAGUCAUACAGAGCCGGCUAGUAUUCAGUUUUCGUGUGACCUUGCACUUGAGGGGUGAGCGAUGGAUGACUGUUCGUGCUUUUGGGCACGUCCGAGGGACAAAUCCGUCAACGCACAGCGCUCUCACGAGCACGAGUGCUACAACUCUGGCAAAGCAAAUGGUAGCACCCUCUCCAGCUAUGGGGGAACAGGUCAUGCUCCACAUUUCACCACCAGGGUCACUCCAAUACAACAGGUGAAAGUGACGCCGUCGCCCGCAUGCAACGAUUUGCAGGCCGGUGAGAGAGUCAGCAGACAACAACAGUCGGCAGAGCAGCAAUAUAAUGCACCGUCCAAUAUCGAUACGCAACAACAAGCAUCGCGAAGUAUCAUGAACAGCAUCAAAACGAAGAUGUCAUCGAAAGGCGGCAGAGAAGAUCUGCAGGAUGUGGACUUUCAUUACAUCACGGAGCGCAUUAUUGCGAUUGCGUUUCCUGAUGGCGGGCUGGACUCGACGUACAAGGCGAGCCUGCGCGAAGUGACGCGCAUGCUACAGACGAAACAUGACGAGAAGCACAUGAUCUUCAACCUCUCAGAGCGGCGCUAUGACAUCCCUAAACUCAACAAACAUGUGAUGGACUUUGGCUGGCCAGACCACCUAGCACCGCCUCUUGAGAAUCUGUGUAGCAUCUGCAAGUCCAUAGACUCGUGGCUCAGCUCUGACCCGCAGCAUGUGGCUGUGCUACACUGCAAGGGCUCAACAGGAAGGAUGGGGGUAGUGGUUGCAUCAUACAUGCACUAUUGCAACAUCUGCGCAAGUGCCGACAAUGCGCUGGACAGAUUUGCAAUGAAGAGAUACUACGACAAUAAGCUUGCUUUUGCUACACACCCUUCCCAGAGAAGAUACAUUCAGUACUUCUCUGGGCUACUGUCUGGCAACAUUAAGAUGAACAAUCAGCCGUUGUACCUGCACCAGGUCGUGAUCUACGGAGCGCCAAACUUCGACCUUAAAGGAGGUUGCAGACCUUUCAUCAAGGUCUACCAGGGCAUGCAGCCGGUGUACACGUCAGGAGUAUACAUUGCGAGCGACGGCCACGGAACCGGAUCACGCUCGCCGUCGAUCCGGUUCUGGCAGACUGCGGGGGAGACAUCCUCGUCAAGUGCUACCACAAGACAUCGCGCGUUGCUUCUUUGUGACGUCAUCUUCAUGCCUCCCAGUUCCACACUGAGAAGCGCGGCGUUAGUGCUGGACGGGCUUGGUAUUCGGUAUGUAGUGGAAGCGGUUAGUGCUGGACGGAGCUUGUUUAUCGAUUCAAGAUUCCCGGAUCAUGGUAAAGUGGAGGUGAUGCUGUCCUCAGUGCCUGACAGAGUGUUCACAGAUCUUGAUGCUAUACCCGUCGAUACAAGCAUGGAUGCUCUAGUGCGUGCAGACUCCUACGAAAACUUCAACGUGCACCCAGAAGAUGGUGGAGAAGAAGAAGAAAUUACUCACACGCAAGGCCCAGUAGAUGGCAGUCUUUAUGCAGAGGUCACUAAACGGAAGCCAGCGAGUAGCGCGACAAACGAGGAGGUUCAAAAUGGCCCCCACGUCAGCAUGGACAGCGGCAUCAGCAGUAGUUCGGGUCAGACCGGGCAGUACAACACGACGCUGCAGAUAGCCGUGACUCCAAAGCACAGUCACGUGCUCGCAAACAGCAACAGCAACCCGCCACCGCUGCAGCGUCCAGACAACGCCCCCAGUCCCAAGCAGGGCCUCAACACCGCACAGGCGAGCAACCUUGACGCGCUGCUCAAUGACAUGCUGGAGAGUGCGGGAUUGGACAGGGAGCAGGUGGGAUUGCAUGAUGUAAUGAACUAUAGGGCGGAGGCAGAGUCUAGCAAGUCCUAUAACCAGGUGUACAGACUCACCACAACCACAUCAAGCGACAAGUAUAGCAACGGUCCAUCCGUUACCCCAUCAAGCCCACCUAAGCCGCCCAUCAGGUCUACUACUACUGUGGACACUCAGAAAGACAGCUACACGAAAGUGAGCCCAAAACUGACUAGCCCUGGGGCGUCGCCCCCCGCCCCGCCCCGCAAAUACAUGAGUGUUGGCUAUAAGGUCGACUACAACAAUCCGUACGAAGACUACCCGCACUACAGAAGGUUGGAGGGGAUGUCCCGGGGGGAGGGGCCGGCGCCAGGCAGGGAGGACGAGCAAGCUCACGCUACGUGGCUGCUGGCGCAGAAGCAGAAGCUGCGUGCGCGCCAGGAGGGCAAGGACUGGGACGAGGGCACGGCGAAGGCGCUUGUCAGCGAGCUGCGGGACGUACAGACGCGCAUGCGCCGGUCGGAGAGCGAUAGGCAGGAGCGGGAGAUGUUCACCGACAACCAGCUUCUCAUAGAGACGGGCGGAGCCGCCGCCGCGUCGCCACCAUCGCAGACGAGUCCGUACACUGCCAGUAAGCCUCCCAUCUACCAGGCCCCGCGGCUGGGCAGCGCACCUAGCUCACCGAUGAGCAGGAGGGCCAACUCGCCCCAGCAGCAGCAGCAGCCGCCACCGCGCGCAUGGCAGAGCCACCAGCGUCCCCUGCAAAGACAGCACUCCGAUACCUCCUUCGACCGCGAUCGCGAUCAUCCCGCGGUGGCGCCACCUGUGGCGAGGACGAGGGCCGGAAGUGCCAGUCAGAUGUCGCCCCCCUUAUCGCCGGGUUCCGAAAGAUACUACCAGAAUAUCAACCAGUAUGCCGUGCCAAGUACUAACACGACGGAGAGACGGCAGGUGGACACGUCGACACUCGUAUACAAGCAGAAGAUUGAGGACGACAUGCAGGCGCUGCUCGACUCACUGCAGGAGACCGCACAGAGCGCCAGGGAUGAGUCGUCGCUGAGAAGCGUGAAGGGGUGUCUCGCAGUACGAGGUCGCAGCGACCUGGAGAUGGAGAACACCGAUUGCCAGCUCCUCUGCCGCGCAGAGAGCUUGAAACACAGCCCCGUGCUACGGAUCAGCCCCGCCAGCCCUUCUCUCGGACAGCCGACCCACUCCUGUCGUGCCUACACUAAGACGAUAUAGCGCGCAAGAUGAGUGGCCUCGCCACAGAGGAGCCGAUCACUAGAGAGGUCGCUCCGAGGAAGUCACAAGCUGUCCGAGUUCUGCAGCCGCAGCCG